UUUUUACGCAUCGUGUUUUUAUUUCCAUUUUCGAUAGUGCUGUUGUUAUUAAUAAUAAGAAUGAAUAGAAAGAGGGUAAACCCCGAACUUUUAGAUGCAAUAGAGAAAAAGUUGCGGUGUGUGCAAAGUGAAUUUGAAGUGAUAAAACAGAAAAGUUUCUCACAGAAAAGUCUUUCGCCGGAACUCUCUGAGAACGACGAACUUUCUGGAAGUGAUCAUGAGAUUAAUAUUGAUCCUCUCGUAGAAAACGAAAUUCUGCUUCGAGACCCACUACUGGACUUCACGGAAUUAGAGCAAUCUCCUAACCAAGAAUCGGAAAAAGGAGAGGUUACAGAGCCCCCCGAAAAGGUUGACGAUCUUGACCCAUCCAUCAGGAACAUCAUUGGGGAUGACCCGGCUGUGCCUAAAUCCCUAGAUCUGGUCCUACACCCUAUAUUGGUAUCCAGGCUUAAAUUCUGGACAGAACAAGGGAUGGCAAAAAAGGACUCUGAGGGGUUAUUAUCAAAAUAUAAGAAACUUAAAUUUUUGGAAGCUCCCAAAUUGAACCCCCCCGUCGAAGCAAAACUUUCUCUUUCAGCCAAAAGGAGAGACGAAUAUCGAAAGCAAGCACAAGAUGCUGUGGGUUCAGCCAUAAUGAUAGUAGGGUCAGUCGCCUCUACUCUCAUUACUGAAAAAGAAAGUGUGGAACCGUCCGAACUUUUCGAAAAAUUAUACCACGCGUUGCAAAUUUUAGCGGACACGUAUAACAAACAAUCUAUUUCAAGAAGAGAUACAACAACAAAAAAGGUGCUUACACGCAAAAGCAACAGGCUCCGAAGAACGAACCGCAACAGAGCAGACCCCCCAAUACGAAGGCAAAAUAAUAGAGCAUGUAAGUAGCGUCGCAGCUAGUUUAAGGUUUUUUUAUCGAUGAAUGGCGUAAAAUAACAAGUAAUAACUUUGUUCUACAGUGUAUCCGCGGUUACAGAUUACACUUUGAUAGGCCGGUUUUUCAAAAUAGAGUACCUUCUACAAAUAUACCAAUACACGAACAGGAUAGAUACAAGGAUGCCAUUGAUUUACUGAUUCAGAAAGGAGCAAUAGAAAUCUGCAAACCGCUUCACGGUCAAUUUCUAUCCACGUAUUUUCUGACACCUAAACCGGACGGGUCAUAUAGAUUCAUCCUUAACUUGAAAAAAUUGAAUGAGUUCAUUGACCCACCUCAUUUCAAAAUGGAAGAUUUGCGAACGGCUAGAAAUUUAAUUUUCCCACACAGCUAUAUGGCAUCUCUGGAUCUUUCCGACGCUUUUUACCUCAUCCCAAUAGACGCGUUAAGUAGAAAAUAUCUACGUUUCAAAAUUUUAGGGUCAUUAUAUCAAUUCACCUGCCUGCCGUUCGGCCUGUGUACUAGCCCCUUCAUCUUCACAAAGAUUAUGAAGCCUGUUGUGGGUUCCCUUAGAUCUCAACAUCUCGCUUCUAUUACAUACCUCGAUGACAUUCUCUGCAUCGAAGCCUCCUUGGAAAAAUGUCGUGAGAAUGUUGAAAAAACCAUAUUCCUUUUAAACUCUUUAGGAUUUCUUAUAAACACAGGCAAAAGUAACUUAGUCCAUCAAAUAGAUGCAAGUAUUUGGGAUUCAUGAUUGAUUCAGAAAAACAAUUAGUUGAGAUUACUGAGGAAAAGAGAUCGAGUCUGGGGAACCUUAUAAAAGACUUUAUAAUAAAACAAACACACUCAAUUAGAGAUUUGGCUCACCUAAUUGGAAAACUAGUAGCUGCCUGUCCUGGUAUCGACUACGGCUGGCUGUAUCUGAAGCAACUGGUAAGAUACAAGGAUAUGGUACUCGCAAGCAAUAAUUUUAAUUACGAUAUGGAAAUUGUAUUAACCAAAGAACUAAUGCCUGAUUUACGCUGGUGGCAAAAAAGCGUUGAGGAUGCGACGAGUUCUUUUAAAGACGGAAAGUACAUAAAAACUAUCUUUACAGAUGCUUCAGAUACAGGUUGGUGGGCAACAGAUAAUACCUGUAAUUCCUAUGGGUUUUGGGACGAAAAUAAGAAGGGCUGGCAUAUUAAUAUGAAGGAAUUAUUCGUAGUCAAAAUUGCGUUAGAGAAAUUUGCGAAUGACACUCGGAAUUCACAAAUCUUACUCCGUAUCGACAAUACCACAGCAAUUGCUUAUAUAAAUAAAAUGGGAGGAACAAAAUUUCCUAAACUUCAUGCUCUCGCAAAAGAGAUUUGGCAAUGGGCGGAGCAAAGAAACAAUUUUUUAUUUGCUUCGUACAUACCAUCCAAAAAGAACGUUCAAGCUGACGCUUUGUCAAGGAUAGGUAACGACGAUACGGAGUGGGAAUUGGCAAAUUACGCUUUUAACAAUAUAAUGCAUGCUUUCGGCAAUAUGGAUAUCGAUUUAUUUGCCACAUUCAAAAACAAAAAGUGUAAACAUUUCUGUUCGCGAUUCCCAGAUCCCACAGCAUUGCAAAUAGAUGCUUUCACGUUAGAUUGGUUUAAUUUAAAAUUUUAUGCUUUUCCCCCUUUUGCAGUAAUAAUUAAAGUUUUUAAAAAGAUUAAAGCGGAUAAUGCGUCUGGAAUAGUAGUGGUGCCAAAUUUGCCAAAUCAACCAUGGUUCCCUCUUUUUCAUGAACUACUAGAAACUGAACCACUAAUUCUAAAACCUAAUCGGUCACUAUUACUAUCACCUUGUAGGAAGAAGACUCAUCCCAGGGCAGAAACCCUCGAAUUGAUGGCAGGAAAGCUAUCAUCGAGGCUUUCUUAAGAAAAGGAAUUCCUCCUGAAUCAGUGGACAUAACCAUCGCCUCUUUAUCCGAAGCUACUUUAAAUCAAUAUCAAAUAGCUUUAAAUCAGUGGCAUUUAUUCUGCACAGAAGCAAGAUUUGAUUUCUUUAACCCAAAUAGCCACUCAGUUUUAAAAUUUCUAACUAAAAAAUUUAAGGAGGGCGCCUCUUAUGGGUCCCUGAAUUCUUACAGAUCUGCCCUCUCUUUGACAUUCUCUGAUAAAAUAGGGGAGGAUCCAUUGAUAUCGAGAUUCUUAAAGGGCAUUUUUAAAUUAAAGCCUUCGUUUCCAAAAUACUCUUCCACCUGGGAUGUAUCCAUAGUCCUUAAUUAUGUAGCUCAGUUUUUUCCUCUACACAGUCUAAAAUUUGCAACUUUAACAUUAAAAACAGUCUUACUACUUUCGUUGAGUACUGCCCAAAGAGCCCAGACCAUUGCUAGCAUUAAGUUAAAAAAUGUACUUGUUAGGACGAACGAAAUACAGAUAAACAUACAAAGUCUUAUAAAAACAUCGGCCCCAAGUAGGGAACAACCUGUAUUAAUUUUGCCUUUUCUACGAUCAAAACCAGAACUCUGUGUUGCUUCAACAUUGCUGAAAUAUAUACAAGUUUCAUCAGCCCUGCGUGGAAGCACUGAUGAACUUUUUAUUACCACAAAAAAGCCACACCGACCUGUGUCAAGCCAAACCAUCAGUAGAUGGUUUAAACACAUGCUAGCAAAGAGUGGAAUAGAUACCACUAUAUUCUCAGGGCAUUCAACAAGAAAUGCUGCUACGUCGGCAGCUCAUAAAGGUGGUAUUAGUUUAGAAUUAUUCAGAAAGACUGCGGGAUGGACGGCAGAAUCCCAAAUGUUCGCGAAGGUCUAUAAUAGACCUAUUAUGUCAAAAGACCAAAGUUUUGCUAAAGCAGUAUUGUCUAAUCGCCAAAGUUAAACAUUAUUAUUAUUAAGCUAAGCUGAAAAAUAAUUAUUAGAAGUUGUGCAACUUAAGUAUUU